AUGGAGGCGGUUGCUGUGGAGGCUGGACACUUCCCCACAGAGCUUCAGUGGGGUGUGAAGGGGGCUGCUAUGAAGGGCGCCCUGGCGGAGAUUAUCCAGCUGGCUACCCUGGACUCGGACCCCUGGGUUCUCAUGGUAGCUGACAUCCUGAAGUCCUUUCCCGACACCGGCUCGCUUAACCUUGACCUUGAAGAACAGAAUCCCAACGUUCAAGAUAUUCUAGGAGAACUUAGAGAAAAGGGGUUUUCCCUGAGUUCUGACUCCUGGGGGGACAGAGAAGCCACCCGAGUGCUGCUUCUGAGGGCCAGGAUCCAGCAGAAGCCAGAAGAGACCACUGACAGGGGCCCGUGGAGGCUGCAGAGAGAAGCCUAUGGUGACCACAGACUCGCCUUUCCUAUUGCUCGGGUGAAUGAGUGUGAGGCGUCAGCCAUGCUGCCACUGGAGUGCCAGUACCUGAACAAAAACGCCCUGACGACCCUCGCCGGACCCCUCACUCCCCCAGUGAAACAUUUUCAAUUAAAGAGGAAGCCGAAGAGUGCCACGCUGAGGGCAGAGCUCCUGCAGAAAUCACCCACCGAGCCGUCCCGGGAAAAUCUCGUUCCCUCCUCAUACUUCUGCGUCUGCGAGGAGAAACGCCACGCACGCUUUGCCUGA